AUGCAACGGUCCUCUUUUGCCAAUUCACAAAUUCCUCAGUAUUCAAGAAAAACAAGCAUUUCAAGAACGAGUGGUUUAACAAUUGGUUCAUGUAAGAAUUUAGUUCUUGAAGAAAAGUAUAAAUAUUCACUAUUACCAACAAGUAAUUAUAGUCAUUGUGUUGGAUAUUCUACUUCUCCAACACGUUUAAAUUCACCACAUGUUACACUAGCACUACCAGAUUCAGUUCCAAGUUCACCACAUACUACUCCUGCUUUAAGAGAACGUUCAGGAAGUGCUACAGCAAAAAUAUUUGAACGUAGAGAACCAUUUUUAUCUAAAAAACAAAAUCCACCAGUAACACUUAGUUCUAUGCUUCAAAAAGAAUUAAAUUCAUUAGUUUCUAUAACACCAAAUUCUAGACUUACUUCUUAUAAUAUUUAUUUAACAAGUUAUAUUGACCAACUUAUUUUUAGUUGUUAUUCAUUAUUUGAUGAUCCUAAAGUAUAUUUAAAACCUGAUAUUCCUUAUAUUUCUUCAUUCUCUCAUGAAAGAACAUCAUAUUUUGCUGUUUCAACAAGUAUUGGAAUUAAACAAUUAAUUGAUGUUGAAUUUCAAAAUGAGUCAUAUGAUGUUUAUAUUGUAAUUACUGAUCUUACUGAAGAAUCAGCAUCAUAUUUAAAGUCUUUUUCUUCAAAAAUGAUUAAAUUUUUUGGUACACAAGCAUUAAAAAAAUUAAUUGUUGUUUCUAUGAAUGAUAAUGGUGUUGUUAAUGAUUUUUGUACUACCAAUGAAGUUAUUAAAAUAGUUGAUGAAGGUGAAUUAAAAAAUACUAUAAUUUCAACAAUUAAUAAAUCUAAGAUGAGUUUAUUAUCUUCACGUCUUGAUGUUGUAAAGAAAGUUAUUAUUCUUGGUGAUUAUUUUGUUGGUAAAUCAACAUUAUUUAAAUAUCUUACUCAAGGAUCUGAAGAAAAAAAUAAAUUUUAUGAAGCUUCUGUUGGUAUAACUUCUAAGAGAUCAUUCAUUGGUGAUAUAGAUGUUUUUGAUAUGCCGGGAGAUUUUAGAAUGAAAGCUCAAAUAAACGAAAGUAAUGAUGAUAAAACAAUAGAAGAGAGAGCAGUUGAUAAUACUAUUAGUUAUUUACAUGAAAAACAAAUUGGAGGAGAUUUAAUUAUCGUUAUGUAUGACGUUACUCGUAUAACAACUGUGACUUAUGCACAGAAUUUAAUUAAAGAAUUAAAAAGAGUUUAUCCAUUUGCAUCUAUUAUUGUGCUUGGUAAUAAAUUAGAUUUAGCUUAUGAAUAUGGAAUAGAACCAAUUAAUUGUGAAUUUAAUAAUGUAAAUGAUAUGAUUUCAUUGUCAUUAAAUCCUAUAACUAAACAAGUAUCAGAAAAAUUAUUAAAUAGAAUUAAAUUCUUAUUACAAUCUUCAACAAUUGACUUCAGUAAUUUUACAAAAGAAUUUACUAAAGAAGGAAUAGUCAAAGUUAUUGAAGAAUAUCCAAAGAGUUCUAAAGGAAUUUCAAAAUUGGUUCUUUUAGAAAAUGCAAGAAUUACUAUCGGAAUGUCUAAACAAAAAAUUGGAACAAAGCCAUUUUAUUUUUUAAUGGACCAAACUACAACAUUUGAAGAGGUUGAAAAGAAAAAUCGUUUUGGUUUAGUUAUAACAUCUAAACAUCAGAAUAUUUGUAUGUUAUUUAAAGAAGAAUCUCAAAGAAAAGAAUGGAAAGCAUCAUUAACUGAAAGUCUUAUUGUAGUUAAAAUUGGUACUUUAAUUAGCAAAAUUGUUAUUCAAAGAUUUAUUCAUGAAGCUUUAAAUGAAAUAGGAAAUGAAUAUGAUCAUGAUAGUGAUAUUGAACGUUUUAUUUCUUCAGUUAAUUCACAUCUUCCAUCUAAUAACUAUUCAUUCCCUGAUCCUAUUUCAAGUAAUAUUAAUGCCACUAUUUCAAAUAAUGUUGUAACUUCACAAGUAACUUCAACUUCAUCACCAAUAGAUAAAAUGAGAUCUCAAACACUUAAAAGAUCUUCACGAUUAUCUUUACUUAUGUAA